AUGGCUAUAAAAUUGAAAAAUCGGUGGCUGGGCGUUGCAAUACCUGCAUUUCUUGUUGCAUUGAUUGGGUAUGGAUCUCAUUACUUCAUUCUUUCGAACUUUCUUUCAUGGAAUGAGCAAAUAUUCUAUCAAACAUGUCAAACUAUGAUUUGGGUUUCAUACUAUUUGGCCAUUUAUACCAACCCAGGUAUACCGCCAAAGGAUUUUAAGCCGUCUGCGGAAGAAUGGCAUAAUUACUGUAAAAAGUGUCGGGUUUACAAGCCUGAAAGGGCCCAUCAUUGUAAAACCUGUAAUCAAUGCGUAUUAGCAAUGGACCACCAUUGUCCUUGGACGCUCAAUUGUGUUGGACACAGCAACUUUCCCCAUUUUAUGCGCUUCUUAUUCUGGGUCAUUUUCUCUACUGCUUACCUAUUAUUUCUCCUUAUUGGAAGAAUCUAUCUACUUUGGUCCAUAAGGCAUACGGCUUUUCAUCAUAGGUCUACAUCAGAGAUCAUUUUUAUCUGCAUUAUGACUCCUAUGGAUGCAUUUGUAUUGCUCACAGUUUCUUCACUACUAGGAAGGUGUAUUUAUAACCAAUGUUUGCAUGGUAUGACACAAAUUGAAUCCUGGGAGAUGGACAGAAUUCAAAGUUUACAUUACAAGAACAGGCUUUUGGCUCAAGUUAUAGACCGUUUGGUGGAGCGAAGGCCCGAAAUACUUCCCGCCAAGCAGCACGAAAUUAAUAAAUUACUCUCAAAAAGAUAUGUGAAUCAAGAAGAUUUCACCAACUUCCCAUAUGACGUCAACCCAUGGACCAAUAUUAACAAUGCAAUGGGUCCUUGGUAUCUUUGGUUGUGGCCGUGGUCCAAGCCGCCAACUAUAGGGACAUCAUUCGCCAAGAACGAACUUUUUUUCUAUGAUCCAAAUUCAUCUAUAGAGGAUAUGCUUAUGUCUUUACCUUGGCCUCCUGAUGGUUUGACACAUCAUUCCCGGGCUUUAGGAUCAGGAUCAUCAAUCGAGACGAUAGUUUCUGGAGGUGAACAAGUAAUAAGAGAUAAAUCCGUAGAUCUCAGGGAUAGGUUAGGGCGGAAUUCCUGGUAUAACGAUUGGGGAGAAGACCUAUCCGAUUUCGGAGUAGAUACUGAACUUGAAUAG